AUGGCAAUGUUGCCAGAGGUUCCGUUGACGGAAGAGGUGAAGAUCGAAGAUCUCAAAACCGGGUGUCUGGAAGGAGUUGACCCGGAGGAAGCUGCAGAGAUGGAAGAACGGCUACGCCAGAUGGUCUGGAAGACGCAUAAAUGGUUGAUCAGGAAGGGCGACGCUCUGCUAUCUGCAGCGAAGGGUGUCAUCUGCGACAUCGAUGUGGGAAACGCGAGGCCCGUCCCACAACGCGUCCGGAAGAUCUCAUCGCAGUUUCGCGAGAAACUAGCCGAUUUGAUCCGAGGACUUUUCAGCGCGCGUAUGAUCCGCGCGUCGAAGUCACCGUGGGCUUCCCCUAUCGUCGUCAUCGUGAAGAAGAAUGGCGUCGACAUCAGACUCUGUGUCGAUUACAGGUUGGUCAACAGUUGGACCCAGUUGAUGGUGUACCCGAUGCCACUGGUCACGGACCUCUUGGAAGACUUGGAUAUGUACCGAUGGUACUGCUCCUUAGACAUGGUUAGCGGAUUUUGGGUAGUCCCGAUGACGGACCGAGCCCGUCUCCUCUCCGCGUUCAUCACAUCAUUCGAGCUGUUCGAGUGA